AUGAGUAAUUUUACUGCUUUGCAACCGACAACAACGAUUCAGCAAAGCAACUUAUCGAUUUCUCAAGUUAUACAAAUGAAUGAAUGUAAAUUCUUUCAUCUGGACGAUGGUAAUUUUUAUCAUGUAACUUGUCAAAUUAUUUUACGUGGUUCUAUCUUGGAUGACCAUGAUUACGAUCAUGGAUUUUUUUAUCAUGGCUCUACAAUAAAUUAUUAUGUUAAAUGUAAAUUAUUUUCACAUCCUUUGAUCAUAAAAAUAUUGAAUAAAGAAAUAUACGGGAUAGAUAUUGACAUGAAUAACUUUGAACGAAAAAAAGAAUUGUCUUUGGAUCAAAAAUUAAUUCUAGAACAAGACUUGAAACAGAUUCUUCCAUUUUACCUCACGCAAAAUCACAUUCCCAAAAGUGAAAUGAGAAUUGAUCCUAAUAUAAAUAUGAAUCCAAUUCAAAGACGGAAUACAGAACAAAUGAUUUCGAAUCAAAACAAUUUUGAUAACGGAAAUCAUGGAUUUUAUCAAAAUGAUGUCGUAGAUUAUACUUAUAAUGUCACUCAACCACAGCAGCAACAAAUUGAUUCCAACAAUGUCUCAAGUUUUAAUAGAAAUUCAAGUUCGUUUCACAGAAGUAUUGGAAAUAACGUAAUGACGACCGACAACCAAAAUAAUGUUAACGAAGGUUACAUUCAUAAUGAUAUUCAUCCACAGCAACAAGUUGACUUCAAUAAUAUAUCACCACCUAUGAGACCGGUAUACAAUAAUUACAGAAAUACAAAUUCGUCCAAUGAAAAUAUCGAGAAUAAUAAUCAAGGAUCCCACCAAAAUAGAGUUGAAGAUACUCAACAAGCUGAUCCCAACAAUUUUCCACAACGUCAAAUCCCUGAAAGAGAGACGAUGCCAGAUUAUAAUAGAAAUACAAAUUCACUUCAGAAUGAUGUAUUAGCAUAUGAUGUUUCAAUUACUGAUAAUAAUUUUGAUCAUCGAGAUACCCGCAGCGCUUAUCCACAGCAACAAGUUGAUCUCUACACUCCUGCUGAAAGAAUGACAACACAAGCUAUUUCGGUCACAAAUGAUAAUCAAAUUUAUGAUGACAAUAGCGUGUCAUACAAUGAUAACCAUGACGUAACAAAUUGA